AUGCCGAAUGAACCAACAGCUCGGUGGAUCGUUCCUCUGCAUGAUGGAAAUCGUGUGGUAGAAUUUGAACACGGUACUGCAUCUGGUAAGCGAGUAGUCCGUGUCAAUGGGAAGACAAUUAUCAACCGAGAGUGGAUGUUCCGUUUAGUUGGCGAUGAAGAAUUCAUGUACGGUGAUACCAAAUUCACAAUACGUGUAGAUCCGAUCCCAGGUACACCAGCUGUAAUAAGAUCUUACAGUUCUCAGCAACACGGUGUUGGUAUUAAAUAUAUUCUUUAUGUCAACGGAAGUGAAGUUUUGGAAAAAGGCAUGCUCUCUGACCAUUUGACUCAAUAA